ACAUUACAAAUCUAUUAUGAAAAUUAUGAAAGAAUUCUUUUAUCUUAUACAAUUUAUAUUAAUUUAUUAUGUAAUUAAGAUCAAUUGUAAUAUCAAUUCAAAAUCAAUAAAUCAAUCAAUUAAAUAUGAACCAAAUUGGGAUUCAUUAGAUAAACGUCCAUUACCAAAAUGGUAUGAUGAAGCUAAAAUUGGUAUAUUUAUACAUUGGGGUGUAUUUUCUGUACCUAGUUAUCGGACUGAAUGGUUUUGGUGGAUGUGGCAAGGUGAUAAAACAGCAAUGCCUGAAAUACCGGAAUACAUGCGUAAAUAUUAUGAACCAGAUUUUGCAUAUGCUAAUUUUGCAAAACAGUUUCAUGCGGAAUUUUUUCAACCUGAUAAAUGGGCUGAUUUAUUUCAGAAAUCAGGGGCACGUUAUGUAGUACUUACUGCGAAACACCACGAAGGCUUCUGUAAUUGGCCGUCUACUAGUUCAUGGCAAUGGAAUUCAAUGGAUAUUGGUCCAAAACGAGAUUUGGUCGGUGACUUGGCCACAUCUAUUCGUAAAAGAACUAAAUUGAGAUUUGGUAUCUAUCAUUCAUUAUUUGAAUGGUUUAAUCCAUUAUAUUUGCACGAUAAAGCAAAUAACUUUACAACACAAACAUUUGUUGAACAAAAAACAAUGCCAGAAUUAUAUGAUUUAGUAUUACGUUAUAAACCAGAAGUGAUUUGGUCUGAUGGUGAUGCUGGUCCAGAUACUUAUUGGAAUUCAACACAAUUUCUUACUUGGUUAUAUAAUGAAUCACCUGUAAAAGAUACAGUUGUUACAAAUGAUCGUUGGGGUAAUGGUUGCACAUGUAAACAUGGAGGUUACUACUCAUGUGAUGAUCGUUAUCAUCCUGGUAAAUUAGUGAAACAUAAAUGGGAAAAUUGUAUGACAUUAGAUUGUUGUUCAUGGGGGUUUAGAAGAGAAAUAACUUUAGAUAAAAUAUUAACACCAGAACAACUUAUUUCUGAAGUUAUUGAAACUGUUACUUUUGGUGGAAAUAUUCUCAUUAAUGUUGGUCCAACUUCAUGGGGAACAAUUUCACCUAUUUAUGAAGAACGUUUAUUACAAUUAGGUGAAUGGUUGUCUAUAAAUGGUGAAGGUAUUUACGCUACUCAACCAUGGAGAAUUCAAACAGAACCAAAUUAUGAUUUUGUUUGGUAUACUUAUAAACCAGCAUCGAUUGAUAAGAACAUAAAUGAAUAUAUGAAAAUGCCAGUUUUAUAUUUAUUUAAAAGAAUAUCUUUUAUUAAACAAAAUCCAUCUAUAGUAUAUGCUCAUUUAACAAAAUGGCCAAAUAGAUUUUGUAACAAUUUAACAGAAACAUUAUCAUUAACAAUGAAUGAUCAAUCAAUAAAAACAAGAACAUACUGUAAAAGAGAAUUACUUUUGGCAUCUAUUAAUGCUCAUCCGAAUUUAUCUAAAUUUACUUUAUUAGAUGGAAGUUUAACUGGUAUUCAAUUAUCUUUUCAAAUCAUGAAUAAAACUACGAUGAAUGGUGUAAUUAUUAAUUUACCUGAUUUAAUUAUUCAUAAUGAUAAUAGAAAUAUAUUGAAAUAUGCAUGGACAAUACGUAUGAUAAAUGUGUUUUAAUAAUUUAUUGAUCUUGAUUUAUGAUUUGAUUCAAAACAAACAAAAAAAUAAACAAGCAAACAAACAAACAAAAAGUGUAAACAGUUUACAAAUGUUAAUUUCAAAUUAUUUGAGCAUUAGGUUAAUUGUUUAAAACAAUUGAAAAUAACAAUAUUAUUAGUAGUAUCUCAAGAAAAAGAGGUUAAUAUAAAACACAAUUAACAGAGAAUAUACGAGGGUAAAUAGGGGGAUUAUACUUUAAUAAUGAUCAUCAUACAAUCUGAUUAGUGACAUAUUGAGGAAUUAAAAAAAUUAUUUACACUAUAGUUGUGAAAUGUUAAAAAUUCAAUUUUCGGUGAGACUAUAAUUUAUGGAUGAACCAAUCAGAUUUAAGAUAAAAGGCUUUGAAUUUUAGCUCGAAAUUAAUUCAUUCAUUUAGCUAAAGAGUUUUAUCAUUAUAGCUUAUGUCAGUUUGUGAUGGAAACCCUAUAUCCAAUUCCUAACCCUAACUAUGAACUGUAAAUAUUAAUUCUAAUUCUUCACACUGGUUUAUAACUUUCAUUUAACCGUAGUAUGUAGGUGAACAUUGUUAGGGUUCCUUUAAAUUAUAGUCUCACCGUUUUGUUUUAAUUUUAAAGACUUGUUUAUUUAGUAUCAUUUUUAUAUGUACUUGGAUUAAUUUGGUAUGAUCAUAAGAACUAUAUAAUUUAUAGACUUUUGAAUUUCUUGUUUCUAUGUAAAUCGAAUAAAAAUUUCAAAAUUAUGCUUCUUUUUUUCUUUAAAUAAGUUUUUCUGUUUUUUUUUUGUUUUUUUUUCUUGUAUGUAUUGUAAAGUUUGGCUUUUAAGGAGAAAUUCGAUUUUUCAUAAAAACCAAGCCUUCGAAAACAUGAUUUUCUGUAGUUUUUUUGUAUCACAGAUUAACAUUAUUUAGAUCGGUAGUGGAGGAUAGGACAGUUUUGUCUUAAUAUAAAGCCAUUGUGUACUGUACACUCACAACCCCACUGUAGGUCGGAGCAAAGACCUACUAAUAUGCAGAAGAUAGCUUGUCUCAACCUAGAUUAAGGCCUUGAUAAUUUGACUGACUGGUUUAACCUGUAAGCUAGUAUGUUUAAGUCCGAAAAGAGACUAACUGCCUCGAGUAGAGACGAAAACUAUUCUAUCACGUGAUUGUUUGACAAGCACACGUGAGAGAAAACGAGCCAACUGGAAUACUACUCGAUUUAGUUCUGAUUACGAUUUAUAACUCCGAUUCGGUUAGUACAAAAAAUAUAAAUAAAUAGAUCAAUAACAUGACCACAACUCACAAACAACCAGAAAAACACAGUUAUCUCCAAAAUCGGGGAUUAGGGUAGAAAAUAGAGUACAAAAGACUACGUUUAAAUUACAAUAGUUUCAGAAUAGAGAAGGGUAUGGCAGCAAAUCAUACAUCAAACAAAAGCUUAUGGUUUGUAGAAUAAACUAGGGUCAAAACUGAAUGUUAGUGUUUAACAAGCUUUGAAUUAAAUGAAAUAACGUCCGCAAAAAUAGCUUUCAUUGUUUGUCAAGGCUUCUUCCACAUCAGUGAUGAUUAAUAAUGAAAACUGUUAGGCUAGGCUCAAGUGGUAUACACUUACAAAUUCAAUUCAGUCAAGAUGUGGCGUAACAGCCAUUCUAUGAGAUUGAUAACAACUGUAUAAGUACAGAUAUUUUUGUACUCGGUUGUUGACAACUUUCUCCCAGUACUUCAGGAUUAAAAGCUUAGCAUUCAGAUAGUUAAAUAAUCGGUAGUAGUAUUAUCGGAUUCACCAGUUGUUGAAAGUAUAGUUAACAAACAUAAAUUCAGAGAUUAGAUCAGUAAAACAAUCAGAUUUAAUAGAGCACACUACGUCAUUGAGCUAAAAAAAUAUAUUCCGAAAUUUAGCCAAUUCGUUAUUUAAAAUCAUCAGUGAGCUUUUGUUUUAC